AUGAACGACCAAUGGACAGUGCGCGGUAUCACGAGGAACCUGGAUAGUGAUGCUGCAAAGAGACUCGCCGACCAGGGCAUUGAGAUUGCAACGGCGGACGCUGCUGACGAAUCAUCACUGUUGAAAGCCUUUCAAGGGGCCACGGCUAUAUACGCCCUCACAAACUACAACUGGACGACCGCCACUGAAAAGGGGCUACAUGCCGCUGGUGAACAAGAGAGAACCGAAGCAACUAAUAUUGCGAAGGCUGCGUCACAAAUUCAUUCGUUGAAGCACUUUGUGAUGAGCACGCUGCCGCCCGCGAGUCUAAUCUCAAACAAUGUGCACAGUGUGCCACAUUUCGACUACAAGUAUAUGGCGUAUCAGUGGAUCGAAACCAAUUUGCCCGAACUGGCUUCGAAAACGACUUUGGUUUGGCUGGGAUGGUAUACGUCAAACUUGGCAAAUGUGCCGUUGGCGAGGUUCAUUCCCAUCCCGGGCACGGACAAUUUUAUAUGGGCUCAACCUAUGGUUGAGGGGGUUUUGAGCUCAGGCGCUAGAGCCUAUGGCAAAAUUGCAAUUGUCGUCACUGAUUAUCUAUAG